AAAAAAAAAAAAAAAAAUUUAACGCACGCAUGCUUCCUUUCAUGAAUGUAGUGGUAGUCUUUUUGAAAUGUCUUGUGAACUCCAGUAGCAAAAUCCAAUUCUUACCCAACUACAUUAUUUGCAUACGGAGUAGUAUUGGAAGGAAGGGAAACAAAUACGGUGUUGACAUCGUGGAAACCGAAAAAAGGAUGGUGGAGACCGUGGUGAUGGAAGUUCCAGCUGGUGAGAACGAUGGGAAGUGCAAGUGCGGUGCUAACUGCUCUUGCACCAACUGCACCUGUGGCCAUUAAGUAUAAUGUAAUUGCCAAAUCUGUUUGGCAAUAAUAUAUAUGUACUCUUUUACUAAAUAAAACUGUGUGCUGUUGUCGUAUUGCAUAUCUGUGUGAGUAAAAUGCACUCUACGUAUUUGAAUCAAGUUUCGUUCACAGUGAUAGCUAUAUAACAGCCAUUUUAUGGUUACAUUUAUGGACUAUAAUAUGCAUA